UAUAUUUAAUCAAUGAUUGUUUAUAGUAUAGAAUAUAGAUUAUAUAAUAAUCUCGUUUCCUACACAACAAUUUGCAGUAUACCUCUGGUUCAUUUUAGUUCAAUUAUUUGUUUGAAAUUGAAAUGGAAUAAAUAUGUUAUUACAUAAAAUAAACAUUAAUAAAAAUAUUUGAAAUUAAACAUGUCGAAUAUGGAAGAGCAGGCCGAAAUAGGUAAAAACACAGCAUCUGGUAUACUUACUCAACAUUUUUUCUUAUAUAUUUCGCAUAUAAAGCGAGCAUUUGACAAUUUCAAUCAAUCUACGGAUAAAACAAUUGUUCAGGCUUGGAUUAAUAAACUAAUGGAGAACCCUCGUCCAAACCAUUUUAAAGCAAUUAAACGUAAUAUGUAUUUGGCACAGUUACUAAUACAUUUAUAUGACGGAAAGUUACGAGCUCCGUUUACACGAAUGCCAUCCAAAAAGCCCUUAGAGACCUUUGACGAAUUACCAUUUUACGGAAAGCCGGAUACACUUAUGGAAAAUAACAUAACUCCUGAAGUAUUCAACAGAGAGUUACCAUUAGACGAACUUAAUUAUAUUUCAUCGGAUGAACGGACUUAUAUAGCCGUUCAGAGUUUAAAUGAUGGCUUUUCAGUAUUUGGAUAUGUAGCGGUUACCAUUGGAAGUGUAGGCACAGGUCCGAUGUGGUUGAAUUCCCGAGGAGAAACUAUUAAAAGUCCAAUACCUACUUUCCAAGAUUUACCAGUGAGUUCUUCUUUACCAAAGAACUCACAAGAAAUUGAGUUAGUCUUAUUGGACGAGCAGGCAAGCAAUGGCCUAGCAGUUUUAGUAAAAGAAAUAUGGGAUGUGUUAUCUGGACGAAAUACCCCGGACAUCAGAGAACGUGCUAGUAGUUUUUAUCACACGUUGUACACCACUAUCAAACACGAGAUGGUCAAUGAACAGAAUAAUCUACAACCAACAAAAUGUCAAGAUCCUUUUGUUAAUAAGCUGAUAUUUUUCUUGGUGGAAUAUUUAAGGGCCCAGGGUGUACGCGACCCCGAGGCGUUACAUCGAUUCAAUCAAUUAUCAAUGUUAAAAAAACGAAUCAAAGCUAUAGUUGUCGAAAUUGAAGCCAGACGACGAGUUUUUGAUGAAGUCAAAAAGUCAAUAAUAAUGCCUAAAAUGCAAUUAUUGCUACAUCCAUCAGUUAACAGUUCAAGCGUUAUAUCUGAGAUGUUAUUAAAGGAAACACUAAAAAUGGACCCAAAAUCUGUGGAUUUUCUUUUCACGCAGUAUCCUUCGUCCGUGGUAAAAAAAUUUAAGAUAAUGAUUGUCAACGAAAAAAAACGCAUUAUGCAGUUAACCAAAAUACGUUUAGACAGUGUAACAGGUGAGAUGUACAAAGAUUUAAGAGAAUCGAUAAGACGAGGUUUGUGUGACUAUCAAACGGCUCGAAAUGAAUGGCUCAGGGUUUGGCGAGUAAUCAAAGAAUACGAAGAAGUAUUAAAGCUUGAAGACAAAUUGACAUUGGCUGUAAAUUACCAAAAUAUCAACAACAAAUUUUUGAAAAUAAUAAAAAAUGAAAUUGAUAUAGCGAAAAUUCGUUCUAAGAACAAAAAAGAAAAAAACAACAUACUUGAAAAUGAAAUUUAUUUACUGAAUAAAAAGAUAAAUGAACAAAAUAAUGUUUAUAUAUCGGAAAAAAUGCACGCAGAACAACAAAUAAAAAUGUACUUAGACGAAAUAACUAAUGAAAACAUAGAAAUACAGCUCAGGAUAGCUACCAUCGAUCACCUAAAAUCUAUUAUCCAAUAGAG